GUGUGUGUUACUGUGUUUCUCUGUUUCUGUAUUUCAAGCAUUUCGCCGCGAAUAAAGUUUAACAAUUUUCAUUUAUUUUAACUUACUUGAAUUGAAUGUGUUGACUCAAUCAAAAAUGAUAUUAUCUAGGAAUUUUUUCUCUCAAAUUGAAUGUAAUUUUGUAUUCUUACAAUGAAAUAACAAAAUCUUAUUGUUUUUGAGUUAUCAGACUAAUGUUUACUCAUAGUUUGUUGAGUGAAUUUAAAGGUUUUCUAUAUUAUCAAAACUAUUUUCUCGUCAGUUUAAAUGAAAAAAGUGUUUUCUAAUCUGAAAUCUUGUGCUAUAAAUUAUAAAGUUUUUACAAACUGUGGUAAACAAGCAUUCAAAAUAUUUCAGAUUUUAAGGUUACAUACAUAUUACUGUUUUACGUUGAAGAUGUGAGAAUGAAGGACUGAUACAUCUAUUAUGGCGACUUUAAACGAAACACAGUUUGAAAAGAAGUUGCUGAAUUUGAAAGAUACACAAGAGAGUAUAUCAGGUUUGUCGUCAUGGUGUCUUCAGCAGCCUCAUAAUCAUAAGAAAAUUGUACAGAUUUGGCUUCAGGUUUUGAAAAAAAGUAAAAAUAGAGCAACGACUUACUCUCUUCUACUUGGCUAAUGAUGUUAUACAGUACAGUAAACGUAAAGGAUAUGAUUUCGUCGAGAGCUGGGGAACGGCUCUCCAGAGGGCUACCACCAUGGUCAGAGGUGACGACAGAGUGCGUAAUAAAGUGCUGCGAUUGUUCACAAUAUGGGACGAGAGGAAUAUCUAUGACGAGUCUUUCCUCGUUGAUCUGGUCGGACUGCUUAGCUCACGCACACCGGCCCAAACCUCUGUGCCUGAUGCACAGGAUUUCCAGCCUUCAACAUUGAUCGCUAAAAUAAGAUCGUGUAAGCAACUGGAGGAUGAAACCGAUUUGAGACUGAAAAUUGUCAAUGAAUGCCAUCUGCAGUUGUCUGAUGCCGAUGCUCUGCGAUGUUCCCUGAAAGAUCGGAGGCAUGGCGAAGAUGUUAUUGCCGAAGUGGAAGAAGGGAUUGACAGAAUGCAGAAAUACAUUGACUCCCUCAGCAACGAAGUGAAAGAUCGUGCUGAGCUGAUUGACCAAUUGGAUUUAGCUGAUGUUUUCUAUGAAACUCAGAGAGGUGAAGCAAGGAUAGUCUGUAAUGCUUAUAGCAAUUUCGGUAAGAGAGUGAAGACAUUGAAAAGGAAGUUGGAUGACCUGAAGGAUAAACUACCAAGCCCUUUGCCCUCACCUGAUAUCAAUGCUCCCUCGCCAUCACCUGAGUCAGACAUUGAAUUACCUGACGAAGUCAAUAAUGUGCCAACAAUGGGCAUGGGCAUGUCAUCGUUUAUUGGGAGUAUGGUGAUCCCUGACACACUGCCGUCAGAGCCGUAUGUGCCGCCAGAGCCAUAUGUGCCUCCAGAGCCGUAUGUUCCGCCAGAGCCAUAUGUGCCACCCCAGCUGGAGGCGGCACAAACGCACUACCAAGUGACCACGCCUCUGCCUCCACCCCACUACCAGCCACACUCGCAUGUGCACCACCAUCAGACCACGCCCCCAGUCCAACCUCCAGCUCCUCCUCACCACCACCAUCAUCAGAACACGCCCACAGCUCAACCUCCAGCUCCCCACCACCAUCAUCAUCAGAACACGCCCACAGCCCAACCUCCAGCUCCCCUCCACCACCAUCAGACCACGCCCCACCCUCCAGCUCCCCUCCACCAUCAUCAGACCACGCCCCACCCUACAGCUCCGCUCCACCACCACCAUCAGACCACGCCCACGCCCCAACCUCCCCUCCAUCACCAUCAGACCACGCCCACAACCCAGCCUCCGCCUCCUCACCCCCACCACCUCAACAACUCGCACGUCCCCCUCCACAUGGACUUUCCCCCGUUGAACGGCAGCAGUUCGUUCAUGAAUCGCAGUAGCAGUGACUCGCCGGUGCCUCCUUUCCUCGACAGUACGUCCAGCUUCAUUGGCAAUGCCAAUUUCUCGUUUGACUUUAUGAAGGAAGAAUCGGCUGUAGAAACUCCUGCCUCACCGUCACCUGGUUCUCAGUUACCUGACGACGGUAUUGACGAGUUCUCAGCGCCUACUCCAAAAGAGGGCAAGCCAAUCGAGGUGAUCUCUUCAAAUCCCAUUGAUACGUCGGGCUUCAGCUUGACUGACUUCAUAAAAAACCUGCUACCGAGCCAGAACAACGGCGAAUCGCUGGAUGCAACGCAAAUGUCGUCUUUGAACUCGUCCUCAAUGGUGGAUCCGUCUCUGAUAAUCGACACAUCAGCGGCCUCUCUGGACUCCACUUUUCCCUCUGUCCUCCCCGUGUUGAGUGACCCUUUUCCGCCUGUAGUUCCCCCUCCACCGCCUCCUCCACCUAUGGAAGAACCUUUUCCGGAAAAGCUGUGGAACUCUUCCACGCUCCCUCCCAAAUUUCCUUCUUGGAACGACUCUCAGACCAGUUGGGAGGAAUCUCCGCAACCUCGCUAUAAAGAGCCGUUCCUUUUCGAUGUACCGCCUCCUUCUCGAACACCUGCCGAAGACAGAGAUAUGCGCAUCACGCCCAAAAAUAAGAUCAAAGAUAUUGAUCAUCGCAACCUCAUCAGUCUCACUGGUUCUCCGCGUAAUGAUAACAACAACGCCUGGCAAAAUACUCCUCGCAAGGCUGAUGUUGAUUUGAGAAGACGGACAUUUGCCGACAACAAAGAUAUAGUGGAGAGCAUCGACAUGGACUUGAGUGACGAUGAGGAUGUUCAUUGUCAAACGCCUAUCAGCAGCACACCCAAGCAGAAUCCAAUGCCUGUCAUGAAUAGGCCAAUCAAGCCAAUGACACCUCAGGCUCAGGCUCAGCCUCAGACUCCUCAGGCUCCUCGCAACUUUGCUCCAAACCAUCGCUCCACUCCGAGGAACAGUCACGCGGAGCAGCAGCAACCGACCAAUAGAAACAUUAGUAAUAAGCCACUGUUGGGAUUGGGAUCUUCCAUUUCGUUCAAUAUUGCCACUCCCAAUAAACUAGUGAAAGAGUCGCCUCUCAAGGAAACUGAGGAACAACCAAAGAAGAAGUUGCCGCUUCUGUAUGAUGUGCGUUCAUCGCCACCAAUCAAAAAGUCGCCCAAGUCAUCAUCCGCUACUGACGUGGUUUUCCCGGACAUUCUCACAGUUCCUCCACCACCUCCUCCUCCUCCGCCACCUCCCCUUCUCCUAUCUGAACCCGAAGUGAGCAGCAGACCAGAGUCAAAGUCUGAAAAGAAAGCGAGUAUCUCGCCUAACAUAGCACAGAAAAAGGAGGACAGUUUGAAGAAAGUUGAAGCAGACACUAGUCUGCUGAAAACACCGGAACUAUUUUUGGACGAGGUGUUGAGUGGGGAAGUAGGUGACGCGGCAGAGCCGAACGACCUAGACGCGGCAGCUAUGCUGUACGAGGACCUCUAUGACGAGUGUAUGGACAGUGAAGCGCCGGAAGACGCGAGCAAACCACCGCAGGCGGUGCCGCAGCAACCGCCCCCGCAACCGCACGCCGGCUUCAGAGGACGCGGAGGUGGAGGCAUGUGGCGGCCUCCGCGACGCGGCAUGUUUGCGCCCAGGGGCAUGCGUCCGCCUCCGCCGCCGCCCCAUCUCAUGCACCAUGGACCGAGGCAGAUGGGCCCCCGGCCUCCCUUCCAAUGGCGACCUCGCUUCCCCAAGUGGUAGGUAAGUCAUCGCUGGCCAAACUCAGUAGGUAUCUAUUGAAAAUUGAAGUAACUCAACCCUUAUCGAUAACACAUUCAGGAAGCAAACUAUAAAUCAAAUAGAAUUUUAAAGAUACCGUACAUGUAUUUUAAAUGAAAACAACAUGAUAUUGUCAAAACCAGUGGUUUAUUGAAACAAUUUUGAGACACUAGUUUUGGUUGUCACACCAUUAUCAACCUCUGUCAUUAUUAUUAUCAUCGUUAUCAGUAUACUGUCUAGAUUCAUGUAUUUUUCUUUCAAUCGAUAUUAUGCUGUUUCCUACUUGAGCCUUUCCCAUUAUUAUGAUGCUUAUUUGUUCUAUUGAAAAUAAUAAUUCAGUUAUGAUUUCGUCUCUACUUUCUAUAGAUUUAUUUCUACUGUUAGAAUAAUAAUUAUUUUGCUUAUUUUCAAGAAAAUUGACUCAUUGGUCCAAAGUUUGUUCCUAAAAUUCAGGAUACAACGUAUGUAGGUACUCGAUUUUGAAGACUUAUAAUUCAUUUUAAUACUGUUACUAAUACUACUGAAUAAUUUGAUGAAUGAUCUCAAGUAAUAGAAUAUUUUGUAAUAUUAUGCAAACAGUUAGUAUUAAUAAUUUUUUCGUUAACAAUUUAUCAAGUUAUUCAAUGCUCUAUUAGUUUAUUUAUGUAAAAUUGAUUACUUUGAAGUGCACAUUAAUUCUACAAAAGAAUAUAAGCUUUUUGCAAUUUAUAUAAAGCUAACUUUCGGUUUAAUUUUAGAGGUUCUGCAGUGUUCUCUAAUCAAACUGAGUUCAAGAUCAUUUUUGCUACUUUCUAAUUACAAAAUGUCAUUAAAAGCUUAUACUUUAUUUGUUUGAAUGCGUGAAAACAUGACAUUUUUCAGCAACCUUCCACUUUCAGUCAUUCAUUUCUGAAUCGAAAUUUUGUAUUUGAGAAAGUAAUUUGCUAAUAUUGUACAUAUUCCGAUUCAAUUCAUAACUACAUAACACAAUUCAAUAAGCAAUCAAUAUUGUUAAUAAGGCUUCAGUGACAAUGAUAUUAUAGUGUAUAAUUUUUGCUUAUAAAUUAUUGUGUCUAGUAUCAUGGUAUUUCGUGGAGGCAAUAUAAUAUAACAAGUAAUCAAUUCUAUACUUUACGUUUUCGACUUCUCCAGAGAAGGUAAAAUUGUAAAAAUACAUUUUUAAUUCGCGUAAAUGCUUUAUUUUUUGCAUCUCUACAUAUUUUGAACCUUGAAGAGUACCUUCUACAACUAGAUUAGACUCGUAUCUAAUACAAUUUAGAUAUUUGUAUUGAUUUAAAAGUUUUUUUUGGGGUAUUUUUUACUACUCAUAUAUUACUACUUUUGAAAAUCUUCUUCUAUGUUGUCAUCAUAAUAUUGAUAACGAGUAUAUUUAAGGAACGAAUUUAACGUUUUCAAUAUUUAUUUUCAAGAAUUAAUUUGAUUUGGUACAUUGUGCGCUUACAUUGUUUUCUAUGAAUUGAAGUUUGAACUAGCAUAGAAGUGCGAUUAUAUUUGGUUGUAUAUUUAUUACAGUGUUCCUGAAAAUUUCCGAAUCCACUAUACUUUUCUUGUAAUUCCCCUAUUUUUAGCUCUUGUGAAUAGCUACAUAUAUGUAAACUACUAUCUAAUCUAAUCUUAUUUCGGAUAAAUGUAAAUCUAGCUUGAGAAUUAUUUGGGCUCUAUCUGAGCUUGCUAAAUUGCUAGAGAUUUCCAUAUUUGGAAAUUGAGGCUAAUGGAAAUAUUAUACGAUUUUCAGGUAGUUGAUAUUGAAUUGAAUUAUUCAGGGGCUGAAUAAUGAUUACAUUUAUACUAAUUAAGUUACUAUUUAGACAAGAAAAAAGGGCUAUUGUAACACUGACGACCGGUUGCACAAAAGAAAAUCAAAUUUUAAUCUCUAAAACGAUGAAAUUGUGUGUACCCAAUGUAAUAAAUUUCUAUUUAUCUAUAUUUAAUAACACCAUUUUACUUAGUUUAUUGUUUAAUCUGUAGUGUGGAACAAUACAACCAUAUUAUUCUUAAUUGAAUAAAGUGGAAGUUUAUAAUAAAUAAUAAAAUUGAGAGAUUUGAAUUCCAUUAACUGUCGCGCAAUCGUUCGUCAGUAUUGUUUGUUUGUAUUUACGAACUUGUUUGUAUAUCACAUAGUUUGCUUCAAAUAAAAUAACAUGUGAAAUUGACAAUAUCUUUUCACUUUUGGGAUAAUUUGAGUUUUGUCUGAAAAACAUACAGUGUAUGUAACUUAUCUACAUUUUCAACGGAACAAGUAAUUAAUUGAAUUUGAAAUUCAUUUUCCUGGAGAAUAUAUCUGUUGCAAUCAAUGUAUGUAGUGUGCAACAGUGAAUAAUCCACUUGGCUUUGAUAGUAAUGGUUUGAAAUUUAUUGUUUAAGACUGCAAAGCUAUGAGUGUGAAUCCAAACACAGAUGGUGAAAAUCCAUUACUUAUGCUUCUUACACAUUUUUUCUCUUCUUUUAUUUCAAAAUAUAUUUUUCAAAUUAUAUAUUUAAUAUUCUGUAGCCUAGUUCACGAUUGUUAGAAAUGUAAUUACUGAAGAGAUGAUUCUCAAUUCACCAAUAAAGCUCUUCUUUAAUGUAUUCUCUAUUA